CAUUAAGAUGGCGUCAGAUCCUUUUGUCAGACAGAGGAGUGUUCCUGGAUGGAAUGUGCACGUAAUACACAAUCAGACUGCCUUACUUCUCGGUGUCGGUGGUAUUGGCUGUACUGUAGCAUUAGCUUUAUGCCGGCUGGGAAUCAAACGUCUCUACUUAGUCGACUAUGACGUUGUUGACGUCAGCAAUCUAAAUCGCCAAGUUUUAUUUGCCACUCAAGAUAUCGAUCGACGAAAAGUCGAUGCAGCGAUGGAUGGUCUAGCCAGACACAACAUCCAAACUGAGCUGGUGCCAGUACAUCUUGAUGCUGUUCUUGAAUGGGGAAAGGUUGUUGAGAUGGCAAAGAAGUCAUCAGUGAUCGUCAAUGCUAUUGAUUACGGAGAGUAUUUUGAUUAUGCUGUUACUUCGUUGAGCGUGUCUCUUGAGUGUGACUACGUGUCUGGAAGCUCAUAUGGUCACACAGUCAUCAGCGAAAACUACCCAGCUGUUAGAGAUGACAAUAAAAAAGCAUGUUGGGCGUGUAAUAAUGAACCAGCCGAUAAGUCAAUUUUGGUCAGACUGAUGCCUGAAAAGAUUCAACAAUAUUCUUGCAUUGAUUUUAUUCCAAAGGACAGCGCUAUGCCCAGCAAUCAAUCUGUUGGAUCGUCUGUAUUGCCAGCAUCACUGGCCGCUCAUCAAGCGGUGUCUGCGUGGGUCAACAGCCUAUUUGGGUUUAGCAUUCCCAACUGGUCAACAUUCAAUUUGCGAUCAUUUGAACACUUUGCUUUCCCAGUGGAACGAAGUGAGCAAUGCUUGCUAUGUAAAUGGAAGUCAACUCGAGGCAACUGCAAAUCUUUGAUUUGCCCAAAUGGUUGUGAUCGAGACGUGCUGGAAUUGUACUUUGGAAAGGCAUCUGUUAACUUGUCUGUCGUCGGUGGCACUACACACGUGUAUACAAACGGAUGCAUCAAAGAAGUUGGAAACGAGGCUGCAAAAGCUGUUGCACUGUCUCAUUUGCAGCCUCUUUCUGAUCUUGGUGACGACUACAGUCACCUCUAUCUGCCAUGUGUUCCUUCAGCUGACCUAGACAGCAGGAGAUUAAAUGAGGCAACCGACGCAUCUGUGCUUGAUGAAAUUGUGAGGCAGCCAAUGGUGAAGACAGCUGAGGAAACUGUGAAUGCAAUUCAAAGUGGAGGUCGUUCUGCUGUGGUUCCCAGUGAGCACUGUGUGUACAGAUUGAAGGGCUGUGGAAAUUUUGUCAAUCAGGAGGGAUUUCGCUAUGACUUUCCCGGAUUUCCAGUUCAAGCAGUUGAAGGUGUAGAAGGUGGUCAGGAAAUCCGUGGAUGUGCAUUUAGGCAUACUGCAGUGAGAGAGUUGUUCAUGACUGACAAAGUUUGUCAGCUGCUUGCGGAUCACAGCUUGCAAGUGGGGAAUAUACCGGUUGGAAUGUAUCAAUAUAACAUUGAUCAAGAGCCAUUUCCGAAAGUGCCCAAGUUUUGUGGUGUGUUUCGGACUAUUGGUGAGAAGAGACUAGCAUCAGACUUGCUCACGGGGCUAGAACUAUUGUUGCUUCAUUUCUUCCCUCAUCUAAUGUCGGAGGAGAUAUUUGGUCUUUAUGCUCAUGAUCGUUUCCAAUUAUCCAACUCAAGUGUUAUGGAACUUCUGCCAACAUGGAAGGCUUGUUGUACAUCCAGCCGUCCAAAAAACCCAUUGGACCUACGAAAACAUGCUUUACCAGAGGUUGUACCCACUGCUGAUUCAAUGCUUCCUGUGUCGGACAGAUGGAAGACUGUAUGGCAGACCAACUGCAAACAGCUACAUACAAUUUUGCCUUUGACCGAGUGUCAUGCUGCAGAGUUUGGCUGUCUGUUUGCUGCUCUUUACUGGAAACUCGGCCAUGAAGUUGGAUUCUUCAAACGGCUGCUGGAGGACAACAAUAUCAACUGGGGAUACUUCAUUGAUCACAAUCCAUUUGAGCCACAUUGUAACAGUCAUCCAAACAACUUUGUAGUAAUUCCUGAGGUGUAUAGCAAGAAUAAUCAAUUCUUGGCAGCUGUUGACUUUGAUCUGGCAUUUACCAAGCAGUCGUUUUGCUCACCGUAUAAAGGCAAUGCUGACGAUGAUUUGUUUGCUUCUUGGACGUUGAGCGAACACCAGGAGAUGGAACGUGCAUUAGCAGGAGAGCAAAGUAAUACUGGAGUCAUUUUGACAUCAGGAAUGAUUUCAAAAAUUGCUGCUGCAUUGGACCCACCACACGAUGCUCUCCGUUGGGCUGUCAGAGACACAAUGCUGUCUGGUUACAGGUCAGCCUAUUAUAAACUUAAAGAUGAUGUGUUAAUGCCUCCUCCUGAAAUUUACCAAGGCAUGAGGAACUUGGUGAAUCUUGCACUGUGCAUUGUGGACAACUGAUUUUUGUAAAUAUAAGUUUGGCUAUACAUAUAUUUUCAUCACCUGCAGAGAUCUGGAAAUGCUUUUUGAUUCUCACUAUUCUUGUUUCAUGAUGGAAUUCACUUUUACACAAAGCUUUGUAGACAUUUCAAGUUUGAACUUGAAAUAUGAAACAAAUAUUUUGAUAUGAAAUUUUUGCUACCACUGUGUAUUAUGCCACAAUGUGUCUGAAACUGUUUCCUCCUUUGGAAUUAGUUGUACAGCAUGCAGUUAGUGCACAAAGA